AUGAGUGCAUUCUUUAAAUGGUACACUACGUCGGUGAAAAGGUCGCCUAAACUCACCAAUGGGAUAAUGACGGGUUCGUUAUUUGGAAUUGGUGAUGCAGUGGCUCAGGUGUUUUUCCCAGAGAAUGGCAAAAAAAAGUAUGAUGCAGCAAGGACAUUUAGGGCAGUGUUCUACGGCUCCAUCAUAUUUGCGCCAAUUGGCGAUAAAUGGUAUAAAUUCUUAAAUGGCAAAAUUGUUCUCAAGCCAGGCGAACAUUGGAUUAACAAUGUCGCUAGGGUUCUGUGCGAUCAGUUGAUAUUUGCGCCGGCAUGUAUCCCAGUGUAUUACGGUGUAAUGACAUUGUUUGAAGGUAAGUCUAUUGCCAGCGCAAAGGAGAAGAUCCAAAACAAUUUCUCUUCUACCUUGGUCACAAAUUGGUACGUCUGGCCUUGGGUUCAGCUUCUAAACUUCUCAGUAGUGCCUGUUCAUCAUAGGUUGCUUACAGUGAACUUCGUUGCCAUCUUUUGGAACACAUUCUUAUCCAUAAAGAAUUCCAAAGUCACUGACGACAAUAAAAAGAUACCAGUGAACUAUCCUCCAAUUCCGGAAUAG